AUGGCUCUAUCCAGCACACGUUCUAGCAUUCUUCAAACUCAAAAAAUCAGUUCUCUUUUUCUCAAUCAACUCUUCAUCUUCUUUUUAUUUCCACUUCCCCAAGCAAAAUCGAUUUACUUCGACUUCUCUAGUCUCCAACAAAAUCAUUUCGAGUCAAGCAACCCAAAUUUACAGGGUGAUGCAUACCCGGACCCAGAAGGUCUCCAACUCACAAAGGAUUCAGCCAACAGCCCCCUCAAUUAUAGUAUUGGUCGUGCCUUAUAUUAUGAACGAGUGCACCUUAGGGAUAAAAGCACUGGGUGGCUUACAGACUUCACCACUCACUUCUCCUUCAUCAUUGCAAGUGUUGAUGGUUAUGUGUUUGUUGAUGGGCUAGCCUUCUUCAUCGCACCAUUUGGUUCUGACAUGCCUAACAAUUCAGCUGGCGGGUAUCUUGUACUAAAUAGUAAUGAAUCCGCUCUCAAUGCUGAAAGUUCAAAUAGUGUAUAA